UAAAUUUACUUGUCAGAUAAUUUAAAAACAUUUUUCCAUGGCACAAUGGUAAAUUAUUCUCUCAGGUACAAAGCUUGUAUAUUUUGUGCACUGGCCUGUUCAUCGAAUUUUUAUACUAUACUAACAUUGUUGGAGAACAUAUUUUUAGUUCAUGUGCUUGAAAACAAAAUACACAGUCAAUACUUGAAUACAUUUAGCUAUGGUUUGUAAAGAAAUCUUACUGAUAUGGUCAGAGGCAUGCAAAAAUAGCAUCUAAAAUAUAUCUCUUGGGCAAUGGCUUGUGGGAGACAAGAGAUAGAUCUUAAAUGCCAUUUUUACAUGGCUCUGAUUUUUAAUUCAAAAUGGGCAACUUAAAAGGAAUAUGGGAAAAAAACACUUGCAGUUCGUACGAUAUAAAAACUGAAGAAAAAAACCACUGAUGUUUGAAGGAAUUUCAUCUGUAAUUGCAAAAUAAAAUUGACUUAAAUCAGCUAUGGGUUUAAAGUUCUAAGGGACUUGGUUAAAUUGUCUUUUGGUAGUGUAGCUGUUAGAAUGGUUAGAUUAAAAAAUGUUACUUUAGUGUUUGGGGUAUAAAGGAUAAGCUAUAGAAAUCUACAUUCAUACUUGUCCUUUGUCAGAAUUACUUUUUCAUUAUAGUUAUAAAUCUUUGAAAGAGCUUAUUUAAUGAUGUGAUGUGUGGUUCUAAUUAAAAUCAAUUUAGCCUUUUUUUUUAAUAUACAUUAAAAAGUGUGGAUGAUAAGGGCAUUUUGAUUGUACAGGUUGCUUUGGUGGAUUGACUUAAAAUGGCCACCUGUCUCUUUCUUUAUUUUACUUUUUAACUGUAUAUCUUCUUUGUAAUUACUUCUCUGAAAAUGAUACUACAUGUUAAAUGCCUUAAAAUAUAGGUGACAAUAUUUAUGUAAAAGAACAAUUCUUGUAUUGCACAAGUCUUUUAUUUUUUAACUGUGGAAGACAGAAGGUUAUUCUCAAUAUGUAUGAGAUAUCUUAAAGAUUGCACAAUGCUUGUUUCUUAUAAUUUCAUUAGACCAGGUUAUCAAAUCCCAAGGUGCUAGCAUGAUGACAUAUUGUGGAAUAAUAGAGAAUUAAUUAUUCUUAAUUUUUUUCCUAAAAUUGUAUCUAUUUCAUGACCGAUAUUUUCAUUCAUAAAUCAGAAAAAAAGGUUUUCAUGCUAUGUUUCUGCUCAUUUUCUUAAAACACAGCAAAAUACAUACAUGUUAGAAUAUUAAAAGUAAUAGUCUGAACAUGGUCAUGAGUCAACAUUAAUAUUUGUUAAUACAAUAUAAGAUCAUUCUUCAUGUAUUUUAAGUAUUUAGCUAGCUUGUAGUAAAUUCAAUGGAGUUAUAAUAGUCAUCCUUCUCCAUAAUUAACUAAAAUAAAAAGCAAUAACAAUGAACUAUAAUUAACUUUUAUUGUAUGCAUGUAGAUUUAUACCUCAUAUAGUUGUAACUUUUGGAAGUUUACCUGUUGCAUGUGUAGUUUGAAGUUUUUUUACAGUUUUAUUAGUUUACAAAGGUGAAAGGUACUUUCACAACAUUUUGAAAUUGCGAAUGGUGGCCUAUCUUUGAUAAUCUUUUGAUUAUCCAGUUGUCUUGCAUUCUAAAAUUAAUACUAUAUAAACAUCUUAGGCUAAGGAGCCAGCUUUUGACUGUGUUACUUUUAUAAUAUGAAACUAAUGUGGUUGCAGACAUGUUUUAUGAUUCUGCAUGUGUAGUAACAUAUUACUCAUUAUUAGGCCUAGCAUUAUUGCACUUAUUUUGAAUUAAUAUAUUAAUUUCCAUUAUUUUAUUAUACUAGUUUAGUAAGCUGUUAUUUUGUUUUUUAUAUUAUAAGCAUACUUCUGAAAAAAAUAUAUCUUUUUUUUUUUAAGAAUGUAAGUCUGACCUUUGUAUCUGAAUCAUCUCAGCAAUAAAAAAGAAAAAAGGCUACAGAAAAAAAGUUAGGUACUCAUUAUUUCAACUUUCAUUCUUAUUAUUGCUGUUAUUAGUAAGAAUUAAUUUUCCCUCUAUUUAAAUUGUUACUGAUUUAUAUUUUAGACUGCUCUAUAUAAAAAAAAGAAUACUGGUACAACAUUUAGUAGCUGUAUGGCAUCUCUUGGCUUGAUGUUAACAGUUACUGCUACUAGAGGGCACUAAAAGUAGUCUGAAAGACCUUAUCAACAAAUGCAAGAAUGUGCAAGAACAUACCAGGAGCCAAUCAGAUUGAAUCAUCAGAUGCUGUGGUUUACAAAGAAGGGGCUACCUAACAGAAAUGCAUUUUAAAAGUAAAAUGCAGAAAAUUCGAAGUCACUAUGAAAGACAUAGCUGGAAGAUGCAGAUUUCAAGUAUUUGCAUGCCAGUCCUUCAAGAUAUUGAAAAUCACCUCCAGGGAUCUCGGGGCAAUUGCUAGGUUAAUGACUAUUGUAAUAUUACAAUUUCUAGUAAAGUAAGCAUAUAAUUUAAAACAAUGUCCUUUCAAAGUAUGAAUGGAUUAAACAUGUAUACUCAGAUGAACAAAUCAGACUGUCAAGAUUUCUCAGGGUUGUGUAAUAUGCCAGGGGUUUGUAGCACAUCAAGUUCUGACCAGCUAAACACCAGAAUAUUACCUCCAUAUAUCCCGCCUCAAGCUUGUCCAGAAGUUAUGAACCUAGGAACAUCAGGAAGUAUUAGUAUGUUUUCGUGCCAAGCCUGUGGUGAUUGUUUUGUGCUAAAUAAAAGUUUACUGGAUCAUCUAAAUCGACGUUCAGUACUUAUCAGUUUUCCAUGUGAUUCUUGUAAUAAAUGCCUAAAUUUUUAUAAUCGGUGUUCCUUAAUUUGCCACAUUCAUAAACACCAUCAGCAGGGAGAACCAGUAGACAUCCUGAAGGCCACGGUAACUACACUGAAUCAGGAUAUUCUCAAAGGAUGUUUAGAUUAUGAUAAGUUUGGUCAAGGAGUAGACCCAGUAGUUUUAAUGCCACCAUCUGUUUCAUUACAUCCUAGUCAUAUAAACCUUUCUAAAGGAGCUAGUGGUGGUACCUUUAAUUGGUGUGUAUCCCAAAAUCAGAUGUUGUCGACAAACCAGACAUGUCACAAUGGUAAUUUACAGAUUGUAUCCAGCCCAGUACAAUUAAGUGGAAGACAAACUGUGUCUCAGAUACAAGAUGUCAGAAGCAAUUUUCAGCAAGAAGGAGCACAGACUUAUCCAGUACCUGUCUAUUCUGCAACUAUUCAGGGUAAAAAUCCCCACUGUAUAAUUGUGCGUCAGCUAAAUUCCACAAACAUUUCAUCAUCACUGCCUAUGUCUCAACAGCCUGUGUUUGAAAAUAUUUUGCAACAAGCUGUUCCAUUAUCCGGUGCAAAAAGAUUUUGUUCUGAUUCAGCAAACUUAAUUUAUACAAGUAAAGCAGUCACCGUUGGUACCAAUAUGAUAGAUAAGAUGUCCUUUAUUCCGAGUAAUACUAAUUUUGGAACAGUAUUAUCACACAGUAAGUCAACAGUAAAUGUCGACAGUAUUAAAAGAUCAUGUUUUGAAUGUUCUAACAUAUUUGAAAGUGAUCAGCAUUUAGAAAAACACUUUUCUCCAGAUCAUUGUGUUAUGCAUGAAUGUUCGAGAUGUGGUCUUCAAUGUAGUUCUGCAUGUAGUCUUCAGGCCCAUCAAAGAUAUCAUAAUCGUAUGGGACCUUACAUAUGUCCGGAGUGUGGAAAAUACUUCAAAUCCCCAUGGAACAAAUUCCAAAAGCAUGUGGUGAAAACUUGUAAACAUUUUUUACGAAGACCUGGCCAUAUUUGUACAUUGUGUGGAAGCUUAUUUUUAUCAUUUGAAGGGCUUUCUGUUCACCUAAGGCAACACUCUGAAAUGCUCUACAAGUGUACAGCCUGUUCACUGAACUUCAAUGCUCAUGUUGGAUUUGAGCUUCACAACAGUAACGUCCAUAACAAUUCAAAAGGCUCAUACAAAAUUAUUUUCAAAUGCCCAAAAUGUGUAAAACUGUUUGAAUCUUCCAGUACACUAAAUAGUCACUUGGAUCAACAUAUUCAAGAUGAAGGAACUUCAAAUGUCACCCAAGCUUUUGGUUGUCCAUGGUGUAAAAAUCUUUUUAAGUCAAAAGCUGCCUUUAUGGAACAUGCUCGAACGGAACAUGCUCCACACUACCAAAAAAAUGUAUGGUUGGAAAUGCCAAAGUCUUUUGCAAAAGAAUCUAGGGUUGAAAUCCUCUCUGAAAAACAUGGCAAUGCUGAUUUUUUUUGUACUUCUUGUGAUAAACAUUUCAUUUCUCGAGAAGAUAUGGUUAACCAUGAAAAAGAAAAACACUUAUUAAAAAAUCUCUGUUGCUCUGUUUGUGCAAAAGUUAGUAAAACCAAACAUGAUUUGAUAAGUCAUGGUCAAAAUCAUUUACAGAAUGGAGAAAUAGUGUGUCUCCUAUGUAAUAAUCACAAACUUAUCAGUACGGUCGAUCUUGUUUCUCACUUAGUUGAACACAGUCAAUUAAUGAAAUAUCCAAUAAAAUGUUUCCACUGUGAUUUAGAAGUAGGAAGUAGUGAAAGCUAUGUUGAACACUUGAAAAUUGAGCACUGUAUCAAUCUUCACCCUUGUUCUCAGUGUUCAUCAUCUUUUCCCAGUAUGGUUCGACUAAACCAGCAUGAAAAGGUUUAUCAUAACAUUGGUGCAUCCAAAAUUGCUCCAUUCUUAUGUUGGGUCUGUAAAGAAUAUGCUUUUUCCACUAAGAAUCAACUUGAAGUACACAUAAUUGAGAAACAUGGGAUUCCAAGCAACAAAAUAGACUUCACACAGAUGCCUAAGCCUUUAUCAGUUAACCUUGGAAAAUCUAGUUCUUCAAGUACAGUGCGUUACGGUAUGAACCAUGGCCAUGCUGCUAGUGAAUAUAAUACACCAGCAAGAGUAGCUAACAAUGUAGACAUAAAUACUGAAAAUACCAACCACAAUAUCCCGGAAAAUGAUGAGACAUAUAAAAGUUCUAUUAAAGAAGCAUCCAAAUGUAAGGAGGACAAAGAAAUUAAUGAUACAAAAAUGGCACGAAACCUUUUAUCAACCAGCUUUUAUGAACAAAUACAAGAUAGUAAUCUGUCAGAAAACACAUAUUAUGGUCAAGAAAAAGAACUUCAAAGAGAGUCCUCGAAAAGUCACCCAGAAAAUAAGGGUGACGGAGAUGACUGUAGCGAGAACAACAUAUUAGCAAUUAGUGAUAACAGGCAGUCUUUGCAUUCUUGUCAUAAUGUGACUAAGAUUAGUUCAACUGAAGAAUGUGGUCUAGAUAUAAAAACUUUAGGAGAUUUGUCUGAAAACAAAUUACAGGUUGAUGACUAUGACCACUUAAUAAAAGAGGGAUCAGAAAACCUUGAGACAAAAAAAUGUGUAAAUGAGACUCAUUCUUGUCAGCAGAAAAUUGAAGAUGAAGAAGGUGAUAAUAGAGAUUCUGAAUAUAGUGAUAAAUUAUGUAACACUUCUCCUCUUCAAAGUGCUGAACUUAAACAAGUUGAUAAAACUGUUGUAGAUGGAGUUGAGAAUGGAAAUUAUAACUGCUUUAAGUGCAGUUUUCUUUCUCUUAAAAGAAAUGUUUUCCUUGAACACAUAAAAAUACACAAGAAAGAAUCUCAUUUUCAGUGCCCCGAGUGUGGAGCUUGCUUUGUAAAAAAAUUCUCUUUACAAACUCACCUUCUCUCUGUCCACAAAGUUAAAGAUAUAAAUAAAUAUUUAAGUGAUCAUGGUAUGAGUGAGAUAGGACAUUCUAUUGCAUCAUCAUAUUAUCAAAGUGUAUCAAACAAAAAUGAAUGUUCUGUUUGUUAUGCAACAUUCGACACUGAACUUCAGCUAAAGAAGCACAUUCGCAGACAUGGAAUGGCAUUUAUUAGAUCCAAACGUGCAGGAAGUUCUCCAUAGACUUUCGUAUCAAUAUGUUUAAUCUUCAUCUAUUUUUGUGAUACAACUGACACUUAACUUGUAAAUCAUGUUUGUGUAGAAUGUUAAAUUAGAAAAUAUAUAUAUAUAUAUGUUAAUUUUCGUACACUUUUGUUGCAGAAGUAUAAAGUCAGGUGAUACCCCCUUUUUUGUAUUUAAGUUUGACUUGUCAAAAUAAAAAUCUAACCAAGCUAGUUUGAAAAUUAAAUUCCGAAUGACAAUAUAAUUGUGGGAUUAAAGUUAUAAAGAUGUAAGUAUCACACAUAAACUAAAUUUCAGAUCAAAUUUAAGUUUGUGUUGUUCUACUUGUUGCCUACCGACGGACUUAAAGCCACAGGUACAAGCCUGCUGAAGUGAUUAAAUAAUUUAGAACUUAUGCGAAGACCUACAUUAUCCAGUACUUGUCACCUAUCAAUAUAAUUGACACUAACCCUUAAAAUGUUUAAAACUGCAAGUGAUUAUUUCAUAAAAUACCCAAUAAUGCCUGAAAUGAAUGAUACCUUUCUCAACCUUGCACCUGUGGCUUUAAAACUCGUAAAAGGAUGCAUAAAAUGUGCUGAAAUGUGCUUACGUCUGUAGGAUGAUAUACUGUUAAUGACUUCAAGUACAAUGUAUAGCUUUUUUAGUGUUUUUUUUGUUAAUCAGUUUACUUCUUGGAAAAUGUAAAUUAACAUAGUAAAAUGAUAAUUUUUAUGUACCUUCUGGAAACAUUAAUAGUUCUGAUAUGUGAAUUGUGCAAAUUUUACAUUAUUCCUGUUCAUUCUGUUGAAAAAAAAGUUGUGGUUACAAAUCCAUAAUAUGGAAAUCUGUCAAAUGUCUUACACCAAAGUGAAAAAAAAUGUAAAUACUUGGAUUGGAAAGUUAAAAUUAAAAUCAUUAUAAUUAUUAUUAUAUGUUUGAAAUUUGGUUUUUUGAAUAGUAUAUUACAUGUUAAUUUCUUGUUAAAUUAGAUUAUGUUAAAGUGUAAAAAAAAAUUAAAAUUUACUUUGAGUUAGUAAAACAUUUAUUGUAUGAGGUGCCAAUGAAUGAAAAGUUACAUUAUUCUUCACAUGUACAUUUACAUAACUUGUUAAUGUAAAUAGCUGUCACGUGUUAAAUUAGUUGUCCUGUACAUGUAAUACUAAUUGACUUGCAUGUUGAAGCUGUGAUGUGUUUCUGUACUAGUCUGUUAAAGUUUAAUAAAGUGGCAGAAAAA